GUGAACUCGUUUAAUCACACAUUCUCCUUUAAUCGAAAAGUAAGACACUGUAUCAAGUUCAUUUGAGAUAAGUGUUUGUGAAAUAUUAUCUCAUAUCAAGGUUCUCAUUCUUAAGGACAGUUUUCAGAUUAAAGCGUAAAAGGCAUCAUGGCAAACGAUUAUUUGGUCCAUAAAUGGAGGCUAUGGUUCAGGAUUUUUGACGUCAACCACACUGGACAAUUUUCUCAAGAUGACGAAACAGGCGAUGAAGAACGCUUUGUACAUCUCAAUAAUCUGAGUCCCGAACGUAAAAAAGAGGUCAUCGCCGCUUCGAAACAAAUGAUGGAGGAACACUACUUCCGAGGUAAACCUGGACCUCUAACUGAACAGGCUUUUGUAGACAUGAAUAAUGACGAAUUCAAAGCGGACAAGAAUAAGUUUAAAGAACGAAUGCAGAAAUUAUUUUCAACCGAUUUCGGAAUUAUGGAUUUUAGCGGUGAAGGAUCGAUCACCCAGGAUGUUUUCAUUAAUGCAUUUCAAGCCGCUGGUCAUGACAAUGUUGAGCUACUAACAAAGUUUUUCAAUGCAUACGGUCCUAAGGAUCAAAAGGUGUCUAUCCAGGUCUUUGUCGACUCAUGGGUUCAUUUCACGACAUGUGAGGACAGUUCAAAUCCUGACAUAGUCAAGCAAUAUCUAGAGGCUGGUGUUUAAAUGCCUUUUUCGUGAAGUUCAGUGAACAGUCCUGAACACUAAAUGGCCGCUAUAAACAAACUUUAUAUCAAUGUUUAACCUUAAAUGAUUGUUUUACACUACUAUUAUCAUCAUCAAGAGAUCAAGAGUGAUAUUGACAUUAAGGCAGCAUUGUACAACCUGCUUCUAUCGUCAAUGCUUGUUUCAUU